GAGAGAGAGAGGAGCACUGCAGUUGACUGCCCUGUACUAUUGUCAGUUUGACACUUGAAGUAAACAGCCUGAAGAUGAUGUGACUCUGAACCACGAGCCCAUACAAUACAAGAAGAUAGCAGACGUAUGCUCUGGAAGCAGAAAUGGCCAACAACUCAGGCAAUCCGAUUGUCUCAACCUCCUCUAAAGGGGACAAGACAGCCGUGGACAUCGAUGCUAUUACAGAGAAUAUCACCAUCGUGCUCUACACUCUCACUGUCGUCCUUGGAACUUUUGGCAACGCUGUGGUCAUUUGGGUGGCCGGGGUGCGACUGAGGGCCAAAGUCACCAACGUGUGGCUGGUGAACCUCGCCGUGGCUGACCUCAUCUUCUGCCUGACUCGUGCCAUCUCCCUGGCCAAGAAGCUCUUCUAUGACCACUGGCCAUUUGGCCUCUUCCUCUGCAAGUUCAACGGCUUCUUCAAGUACGCCAACAUGUUCUGCAGCGUGUUCCUGUUGGCGGUCAUCAGCCUGGACCGGGCUCUGUGCGUGUGGCGGCCCGUUUUCACCAAGCAGCGCCGGACCCUCUGUGCCGCCCGGCUCGUCAGUGUUGUGGUGUGGGUGAUCGCGUCGGGCCUGAGCGCGCCGUACUUCAUCUACCGGCAGGUCUACACGGGCAAGAACAAUCUCAGCAAGUGUUCCUUAGAGGUAAAGGAGAAAGAAGGCGAGGAGGUCACCAAGACAGUCCUCUACACCAUUCGCUUCUUGUGUGGUUUUCUCCUCCCCUUCCUGGUCAUCUGCAUCUGCUACGUGCUGGCGGCCAUAGGCAUCCGACGCACGCGCCUCAACCGCAAGGGCCGUCCGUUACGGAUCCUGGCCGGCCUGGUCUGCGCCUUCUUCGUGUGCUGGGCGCCCUACCACUGCCUCCUGCUGGUGAAGAUGACGGAUAGCAAGAGCCAGGCGGUCAAGGUGGGCUUGACCGUGGCCAAGGGCCUGGCCUACUUCAACAGCUGCAUCAACCCAGUGCUGUACUUCUGCAUGGGUCUCAACACACGCGGGCGCUUCCAGCAGACGCUGUCCGGCGUGUACCGACGCGCUCUGGGCGACGACGGUGACGGAGCGACGUCGCAGUCGCAGACGGUGGACGACAGCUCGGGCACCAACCCAAAGCACGCGCACACUCAAGGGCAAGCCAUCGCCUCACGCCACCGCUAACGUCUACACAAAGGAACUAUAAGAUAGCCUCUUGUCGGUCAGGGCCGACUGACCUUUUCUCCUCCAACUGACCUAACCUUCCCAAGGUCAUUUCGAAAUUUGAAGUCAAACUGUUUGAUUUAAGAACAAUAUGUGCCAAUGACUCUAACUCAGGCCACCACAGAAGGUCUAAAAAAGGGAGAAGACACAUGAAAGAUAGAGGAAGUUGUGGAGACAGAGCGGGACCAGGCGUCAGUUGUGUUUUCAUGUGGGCAGUUCCGCAAUGUUAGUCACAGGUUUGUUGUACAUUCUUACUCACAUAGUGGUUAGGCCUCAGUUUGUCUAAAUAGCUUUCCUCUGAAGUAACACCUCGCCUCCUUUUCAACUUUCAACUUUAUGCAACCCCUCAACAUGUUCUAUGUUAAAGUUCAUGGCAAGGAAUAGCAUUUAUUUUACAUCUUUAUUUCAUCUUUUUUGAUGACACAGUUCAGUCUGAAUAAGUUAGAAAUUCCACACAAUAUUUUUAAUGUACACUUUGUGAUUUUAGUACAUUGAGUCUCUGAUCUCACAGAAAUGUUUUUUUUGACAUAUGUAGCUGACAGAGUUUAUUGCACGGCUAUUUGUGUUUGCUGUCAACAACAAAUACUGAAUCCAACCUUAAUGGACCUUGUCAUUUUCACAACUGGUCAAUAGCUUCAAAUCCAUGCCUUUGUACAAAAAUGCAAUCUACAAUUUUCUUCAGCUCUUGGCCCUGGAAUAAUUUCAGAUGUGAAACACACCAUGAUAUUGUGAACAAGAACAUUCAGAGGGUGCUAUGUCCGUCAUGUAUCACAAAGAUGAUCAGAAAGAGGAAAAUACGGGAGUACAGUUUAGGCUUAAUGUUUUUUUAAUGCAAAGGUGCACAGCAAAAGACUAACGUUUCGAUGUUGAUUACAUCUUCGUCAGAGUCUGAUCUUCCUCUUUCUGAUCAACUCGUCCCCUGCCAUGGAUGGAUGCAGUUGCUUGCAGAAGCGCAUAGGAUCUACUCCUUUUGAAUGGAUCACAAAGACUUUGGGGUGUCUCUUUGGACAUUGCUGUGCCUUUUCCUUAUGUAUAGGCUAUUCGCUCAAGUGUAUGAAAAUGAUAUGGUGGCGUGCUGGAUAAAUAUUGCUUUUACACCA